AUGUCAUCAUCCGCCCUUCGCACAUCCAUGAGAAUGGCGUCGCGGCCACAGCAGCGCUUGGCCAGCAUUCAAAGACAAUUCAGCAGCUCUGCGCCACAAAAGAAGGAGAUCAAAGAUGCAUACAUCAUAAGCGCUAGCCGAACGCCGACUGCAGUGUUCAAUGGCAACUUCACCACCGUCUCAGCUACUCAGCUCGGUGCCACAGCCAUCAAGUCGGCCCUCGAGAAGUCUAAAGUCCCAGUCUCCUCCAUCGAUGCUGUAUACAUGGGCAACGUGCUGUCUGCUGGUGUUGGACAAGCACCGGCAAGACAAGCAGCCAUCUUCGCUGGCCUGCCCACCAACAUUGAGGCAACCACCAUCAACAAAGUAUGCGCUUCAGGCCUAAAGGCGGUCAACAUCGCAGCAUCAACCAUUGAGUUGGGACAGGCUGAGGCACAGAUUGCAGGUGGCAUGGAGAACAUGACCCGUGUACCGUACUACCUAAACCGCGCCAGCCAACAGCCAGCAUUCGGCCAUCAGAAGAUGCAGGAUGGACUGAUCGCCGACGGACUCUGGGAUGUGUAUAACCAAAUCCACAUGGGUAACUGCGCCGAAAAGACCGCCAGAGACCACAACAUCUCACGGAAAGAUCAAGAUGACUAUGCCAUCCUGACCUACAAACGAGCACAGCAAGCCUACAAGGACGGGCUGUUCAAGGACGAGAUCGUUCCGGUCACAGUCAAGUCCAAGAAAGGCGACGUCGUCAUCUCAGAAGACGAGCAAUACAACAAGCUCAAGCUUGAGAAGGUCCCUACGCUGAAACCUGCUUUCUCGAAGGACGCAGACGCCUCGGUUACCGCGGCCAACAGCUCGCCCCUCAGCGACGGCGCAUCUGCAUUGGUACUCGGUAGCAAGGAGAUCGCGCAGCAGUACGGCAAGGACAGCCGCGUCCUUGCAAAGAUUGUCACUUACUGCGAUGCCUCGGUCGACCCGAUCGACUUCCCCAUCGCGCCUGCCUCCGUCGUCGAGAAGCUGCUGAAGCAGUCAGGCCUCAAGAAGGAGGACAUCUCGAUCUGGGAGUUCAACGAAGCCUUUGCUGCCGUCAUCAAGGCGAACGCUAAGAUACUUGGUCUUGGGGAGGACAACGUAAACCCAAGGGGUGGCGCCAUUGCGCUGGGUCACGCACUGGGCAGCUCGGGUAGCAGGAUAUUGGUCACGCUGCUGCAUCAGUUGGAGGUUGGGCAGUAUGGUGCUGCGGCGAUUUGCAACGGCGGUGGUGCGUCGAGUGGCAUUAUUGUGCAAAGGGUCAGUGCCGAUUCGUUGUAG